UCACAUGGUGCUGUCCAACCGAGGGCUGCUGAUGGAGCCAGAUGAAAAAGACAGGAGGCGAACCCCUCCGGUUGCGCGUCAGCAUCCCCUCAAAUAGGAAUCCGCUUCUGUCACUUCUGCCCUGCACACCGAGAGACGGACGAGAGCAACCCCGAAACAACACCUGAAGGAGAAUUUUAUUUGGCAUGCAACGGGUUUGAUUUUCUUCGUUGUAUUUUUUUUCUUUUGUAAUGCCAAAGAAGAAGAGUAAAGGGAGGCUGUGAGGAGGCUGAAGCCUUGCAAAGAAUGAUAGUGAGGAUCAAGGCGCGCUGUCCCAGGAGAACUCAUCUGAAAAGCUGGCCGUGAGAGACCGGGAUGCUCCUCUAAGGCACCGGGGACGAUUCAUCUUCUGUUGGAGGUCUUCGCACACACGCGCGCACGCUCCGAAUCGAGCAUAGACAAGCGCGAGUGGAACACACACUCAAAGGAAGACACACCCGCCUCCAUCCUAACUGAGGUUUUCCUUAGCAGACGGUGUGAGCGGAAGAGUUUAAGCUUGAGUAAGGAAGUGAGCAAAACGGAGUGGGUGUCAUGGAAAGACAAGGGGGCUCUCAAGACAACCUUACCUACCAAAACCUGCUUCUACUGGGAGCCAUUGCAGCAGCGUCUGCUUUCGUGGUCACCAUCCUGAUCGUCCUUGUCUGCGUCGGCUGCCAAAGGAAAAGCAAAAGCAAGCACCCUCCGGCCGGGGAGAAAGGGACAUCUGUAAAUAUGCAGGGUACCCUUCGCCACCCAAAGCUCAACUCCAUGAGUAAAUCUGACACCAGGCUCCAUGAGAUCAAUCGCUUUCCCUGCAAUGGAAACUCUGUUAGUAAGAGCCGUCCAGCUAGUAUGGACCUCCUGCUUCUCCACAGUCGCCGCUCCCAGACGGAUCUGAGGCCCUCCCACGGCCGACAGCUCCCCCAGAUCCCCACCAGUCCACAGAGAUCUGGCCAGGGGGGAGAAGGGGAAACGGGAGGGGAAGGGGGAGGCGGCGGAGGAGGAGGAGGCGAAGCAAGAGAUCACACCUACACUGAGGUGGGCCUACGCAAUAACCCCACCCCUACCCACUACCUGGAUGAUGGCCUAUAUGAAAGCGUAGGUGUCCGGGAAGGCCCAAAAGUACCCUCUGCCCCACCAACCACAUCAGCCAACGCUCCAGCUAUAGCCAGGGCUCCUCAAAGCCCCUCUACUCAUGCCAGCGGAGCUCGGAGUGGAAACGGGCACGCAAACGGUGGCAGAGGGAAUGACACUAUUAAUGGACCAAUGACGGGACGAGGUAAUGGAGCAAGUGGGGUCAGUAGGUCACCUCUCUCUUCUGUGAAUUCCCUGGCUGUUCAAGAUCCAUCUUUAGCCGAGUAUGCAUCUAUACGAAAGUUUAGAAAGGCUGACAAGAUAAACAGGAAGGAAAACAAUGGUGUCGACAGCCAGUCAGACAGCCAAUCGAGCGUGAGUGAUUCACCCUCUGCUGGUCCUCCUCCACUACAUCGCAGUCAAGAGUUUCCACGGAAACAACUGGAGCCAUUUCACCUUCACUCCUUCCCAAAGGAAGCAGUGUUCAUGGGCAAUGGGGAACAGUACAUCUGGAAGCCUCCAGAGGACAACGACAUCAUCACCUUGCACCCACCUCCACAUCACCCACCUGGGGAGAAUGAACAGGGACACCCAUCGCCUCCAACUGCAAAGGAGAUUGCAGACACCUACUCUAUCGUAUGUAAAACCCAGAAAAAGAAACCUCCUAUGGAACACAAUGGAGCCAAGACCCUCCCACGAUCCUUUGGUGGAGAUAGAGGAAACAUGGGUUCUCGGGGCCGAGGUAGGGGAGUCCAGAGCCAAGCACGUUCGCAGGAGGAACCCUGCUACGAGCCUGUAGGAGACAGGUCCUGGUCUUCCCCAGUGGCUGAGUCAGACCCUGCAUACGCGACUAUCGACCCACACCGGAAACGUGAGCAAGGGGGAACCAAUAACAGCACAGCUGGGGGUAGUGCCACUCUGAAGAGAAAGAAGCAGCAGCAGCAGCAGCAGCAGGCAACACCAGCAGCACCUCAGGCCUCAGGACCAAGCACCCUUCCUACUAGAGGCCUGCCUGGUGGGGAAAACUUCUAUGAGACCAUCAGUGAUGUGAAACAAGGGGGCAACAGCACUACCACCAUCUUUACUUUCAAUGAUGGCAUGGAGAUGUAUGUCACAGGCCUGUAGCUGACUGACAGGCAAAAGGGCCCAGAACCCACUGGUAUAGAGUCUGGAGAUUUUCCUGUUUACAGAACAACAGGUUGCUGUACAUAGACACAAGGCCCUCUAUAGUAAAACAACAUGAGGAUCCAUUUUGUGUUGAAAUCAGGUACAAACAGGGUCUUUAUCCAGGUUCAGACUUCCUUUGAUUGGUCUGUACUUAAGAACCAGCCUAAGCCUAGUCCAGCCCAAAUAUGGACUAAAAUCAUUUGAAAAAACAAACAAACAAACAAAUAAAACUGGGAUAGAGAUCUUCAAUCUGCUGUGUCACUCACCAUAGUCACCUGUUUGUGCAACAUUUUCCAUAAUAUCUUUAUUUUUAUAUGAAAACUCUUUAAAGCAUAUGUGGUGUAACUCACAACCUCAGAA